UUACAUUUCGACCCUGUGCUUCAGAUGGUCCCUUUUACUCCUCGAAUAAUAUGCGCAAAUUUCCCCUCUAAAUGCCUUUGGAAGUGAACGCCAUGCAGUAUUCGACGCCAUUUAUCCACUUUGUGAUUGCCUGAGUGAAUAUCUUUUUCUUCCAUGGAGGAUAUGAGAUGCAGAGUAUGAACUCCAUAAGAACUGUCUCUCGGAGAUGUUCAGAAGCUGAUUUUCCGUCUAGAAUAACAAAUGACUGGAGGCAAAAUGAGUUCGUAUCUGGAACACCAUUCAGGCUCAGCGGCAUCCCACGGCAGUCAAAGAGGAGAUGACAGUGACAUCUAUGGUGACCUGGACUUGAAAGCAGCAGCACAGCAGUCACAGGAUGCAUGGUCUGUUGGCAGUGAUAUUAAUGAUGCAGACAUAUAUCAGGAGAUGGGGGUGCAGCCCAUUGAUUACACAACAGAGGAGGGAAGUAUUGAUAACACUGCAGCAUAUAAAAAUGCUAAACAGAGCAAACCACCAAACAACCAGGAAGUCAUUAGUAUUGACUUUGAAAAUCUUCGGAAAAUAUUACGAACAGAUCUGAGUGGGAAAUCCAUUGGAUGUGACUCAAAAGAAAAUCAACAGGUGAAGGAGACUCAUGGUUGUGAAACUAAUAGUAUCGAGAAAGAAACUGAGAGAGAAGUCAGGGCAAAGCAGGAAGGUGCAAGAACUGUUAAGGUUGAAAAAAAUGCAGAGAAAUUCCAUGAAGGAAGUGAUGAAAAAGGCUGUGAUAGAUUAAAUCCAAAUAAGGUUCUCACAGAAAAUAAACAACAUGGUGCUAGAGCAAAAACACAGUCCAGUGUCAGUGGUUCUGGAAAGACCAAAGCAACAUCUGUAGAAGAUACUUCAGUGCAAAACAGAGACCUGCAUUUUGUGCUGUCCAUGUUGUGUAAAAAAAAUUCCAAUAUGGAAGAAUUAGUGCAAAACAGUGUAACCGAUACCAGUAAGACAGGACCAAAUACUGGUGCAAGUGUAAAUAAUUCCUUAGAGUGCAAUGAAAACCCUGACAUUCCAAUGGAUUCUCCCAGGAAAUCAAGAAGAAUCGCGGACACUCAGAAGGAGCCUGCUAGCACUAAGACACACACCCAGAGCUCAGAAAUAGGCUCAAAUGUGAGACCCAAAAGAUUACUAGCUUCAAGUUUUAUGUCUAUUGAAACAAGCCCCAGGAAGACUCAGUCAGAAGAGCAAAGCAAAGAAGCAAGUAAAGCAGACCCUCAGUGGGACCUCUUUGAAGAUGUCAUGGUUCCUACAAGUGAUACAAAGGAAAGCCAAGAAGUAACCCAACUAAAGGAGGAGAUGGAGGUCCUUCGCAUGCAGCUUAAGGAGUCGGAAAAGCGCUGCGAGGGUCUCGAACAUGAUAACCAGGUCCUACUCACUAAUAUAUCAUCUCUGUGGAAGACGGCAAUAAGCCAGAUCAAGCAGAAAAUCCAGCAGAUUAAUGCACUGAGAUCCGAGCGUGAGGCCAUUCUGUUCCGUCGAGCCAUGCGCCAGGUUCCCAAAGAAGAGUUUGAUGCUGUUUUGUCACAGAUAUCAAAAUAUUCCAGUGAUGAAUUCAAAACCUUUCUUGAGAACAUGAAGAAGACUACUGAUGAAGGAACCAGCUGCAAAUGUGGUGGUAAAGGAUAUACAGGAUUUGGAGGUCUUGCUGAAAAGAUAACAGCAAGUGUAGUUGGUGUGCGUGUUAAUUCUUCGCAGGAUGCUGAUGCUGCAUCUUUAAAAAGCCUUAUGGGUAAAGAAGGAGAAAAUGUGACAUCUCUGGUUAAACCCCAACAAAAGGCUACAAGUAAGAAAAGAAAAAUUUCUACUCAGAAGCAGAAUAACAGAUUUGAUUAUAGAAAUGAAGAUAAAGCAGGUAAACAUACAGAAAGAGAGAAAUGUGAUUUUGACGAUGUACCUACACGUAGGAACAGGUAUGACAGUGGAGACAGAGCUCUGGAGGAAGGCAGUAGCAGAAUAGAAGGUUAUGGGAUACGUGACUCUGGAGAGUUAUGGCAUGAUAGUGGCAAUCUAAGGCAUAGGAAUGAUAGUGGAGAUAAAUGUUACAAGAAUGAGGAUUUAGAUUUGGAGUUUAGACAUAGCAGUUUUGAUAGACCAGUGAAGAGGAGGAGACACGAGAGUGGUGAAAGGUACAAUGAUGGAGACCGACAUGUUGGUAGAUUUGGCAACAGCAUUGGAGAAAGGAACUCUAGGCUUGAUAGGUAUAAUGAUAGGUACCACUCAGAUUUAGAUGAGGAAUAUAAGAAGAGGAACAGCUCAAGAACCCCAGGGAAGUCUACCUAUGAUAGAAGGAAAGGCAUUGAAAAUAGAAAAGAGAGAAAUGCAAAUGAAGAGCCACUUGGGACUGAAAGAAGAAUCAGUGUCUUCUCAAGGUUAGGUGCUCAUGGCAAGAGUCAUUUUGAUAGACCAGACCAAAAGAAAGAUUAUGAAGAUGUGGACAGAAGACAGGAAGAUAACAAAAAAAAAACUUCAAAAUUUACUGAUCUGCAAAGUGAUGAAAGUUUAAUCCACAGUAGGAGAACAAGGAAGAGGGAUACAGAUAACAGGAGUACUGUGUUACAUUUAAAAGAAGCAGAUAUGCAAGUCAUAAAAAAGUCUUCUACAUCAAGUGUCAGUUUACAAGACAGUCAAAUGACUACAAAUAAGGACUGUCAUUUCAGUCCAGAUCCAUCACCUGUUAUAACUACAGAUAAUAAAUGUAAACAUGAAAGUGAAUGCAAUACACACAUGCAAAGUAACAGUUCUUCAGAUAUUGGCAUUGCUAUUGACGAGCCGGAGAAUUCCACUGGUCCAUUCAUUCACAAAACAUCUGAUGGAAUUAUUCAUAAUGCUUGUAAAUCAAAUUCAGUUUGUGAAGAGAAAAUGUUAGGGAAAGACCUUUUUGAACAGAGAGUUAUUUCAACAACAUCCCAAACCAAGCAAGAUGUACAGAAUAACUCAUCUAAACUUCCUCAUAGUGUGAAGAAUCACAUAAACAAUGACAUUACAAAUGAUAGUGGUAUAAUAAAUGGCAAUAGAACUUCAGACAGUGCCAGUUCCAAGGAAGUGACUGGUUAUAACUUUGACACUAAUUCAUACGAUGAAGAGGAAAUGUUAGGGAAAAUCCCUUUUUGGGCAGAGAAUGAAUGCAAAAAUGGCUCAAGCUAAGAAAAAGAGGAAUGCUGAAAUAGGUCAGACCA